AUGUGGGCCGGCGCGGAGCCCGCGCGUGCGCCGUGUCCCCUGACCCAUUGUUGGGCUGGGGGUGACGUCACGGGCUCCCGGGAAAGCCCGAGCCCGGAGCGAGCCCGCCAGGCAGCGGCCGCGGUAGCGUCGGCGGCCGCGGCGGCGUCGGCGGCGUCGGCAGCAGCGGCCGCGGUAGCGUCGGCGGCGUCGUCGGCGGCAGCAGCAGCAGCAGCGGCCGCGGCCGCGGGCGCAGCUGAGCCUCCUGCCGCUCCUCCGGCCCCCUUCUUCCCCCCGCUGCUGCUGAAUGCAGGCGGCCGGCUGGAGAGGAGACAAAGGAGGAGGAGGAGGAGGCGGGGGGCGGCGGCAGGAGGAGCAGGAGGAGGAGGAGGGGGCGGCGGCGGCGGCGGAGGAGGAGGAGGAGGAGGAGGAGGAGGAGGAGGGGGCGGCGGCGGCGGCGGAGGAGGAGGAGCAGCAGCAGCAGCAGCAGCAGCAGCCCGGGGAGCGGCGGCAGCGGCGGCAGCAGCAGCAGCAGCGGCAGCGGCGGCAGCGGCGGCGAGGAUCGGAGCCCCGAGCCCAGCCCGGGUCGCCGGCCGCCUCCCCCCUGAGGGCCCGGCUCCCGCUGCUGCAGCAGCCGUGGCAGCUGCAGGAGCGGCAGCGGCAGCAGGAGCAGCUCCGGGGCUAGCGAAGCCCGGCUCCCCGCCGCCCUCCCCGCGCCCGGCCAUGCCUAGCUCCAUCUACCAGCCCGAGGGAGGGGAGGCGGCGGCGGCGGCGGUGGCGGCGGCGACGGCGGGCCCGCCCCACAGCUGCGGCGGCCUGGGGAUGCUAAGCCCCGGCCCUGGCCCUGGCCCUGGCCCUGGACAGCAGCAGCAGCAGCAGCAGCCCCCAGCACCCCCGCCGCCGCCGCCCCCGCCCACCCCGCCGCCGCCCCCACCGCCCCCGCUCCCGGACCAGGGCGCCGAGGGGGCAGCCCCGCCAGAGCAGGAGGAGGCGGCCGCCGCCGCCCUGAGGUUCGCUCUGGACCAGCUCUCCAUCUUGGGGUUGGAAGAAGAGGAGGACGACGAGGAAGAGGAAGAGGAGGAAGAAGGCGGGGUGAACGGCGAGGCCUGCGCCGAGGAGGAAGAGGAGGAGGAGGAGGACGAUGAGGAGGAAGAAGACGAGGCGGCCGACGGCGCCCUGGAAGACCUGGACCCUGCCACCGGGCCCGGGCUGGACGCCCCCGGAGGGGUGGCCGUCGGGGCGGGAGGCGUACUGGGAGCCCUCCAGAUGCUGGACCCGGACGUGAGCCCCCCGGCCUCCAACACCACGUCCCCGCCAGAUGUGUUCAGCAACUUUCACCACCACCCUCACCUGAGCCACCACUCCAUCCUGGCCGAGCAGAUGAGCGUGAUCGGCAGCCGGAAGAAGAGUGUCAACAUGACCGAGUGUGUCCCCGUGCCCAGCUCAGAGCACGUCGCCGAGAUUGUGGGGAGACAAGGGUGUAAGAUUAAGGCUCUUCGAGCCAAAACCAACACCUAUAUCAAGACCCCAGUGCGAGGCGAGGAGCCAAUCUUCAUCGUGACUGGGCGCAAAGAGGAUGUGGAGAUGGCGAAGCGGGAGAUCCUGUCAGCCGCCGAGCACUUCUCCAUGAUCCGGGCCACACGCAACAAAGUGAAUGGCCUGACGGGGGCUGUGCAGGGGCCCCCCAACCUCCCUGGGCAAACAACCAUCCAAGUCCGUGUCCCCUAUCGCGUAGUGGGGCUGGUGGUGGGGCCCAAGGGUGCCACCAUCAAGCGGAUCCAGCAGCAGACCCACACGUACAUUGUGACCCCAAGCCGGGACAAGGAGCCCGUGUUCGAGGUGACGGGCAUGCCCGAGAAUGUAGACCGGGCCCGUGAGGAGAUCGAGGCCCACAUCACCAUGCGCACAGGCUCCUUCAUCGAUGCUGGGGCCGAGAACGACUUUCACUCCAACGGUACUGACGUCUGCCUUGACCUGCUGGGUGGGCCCGCAGGGCUCUGGGCCAAGGCUCCCAACCCAGCCCGUCGGCCCUCCGCGGGCCUGCGCGCAGACAGCCUGGCUCCUGCAGAGGCCUUCUACGGCAGCCGGGCCCCUGCAGCAGAGGCCAGUCCCACCAGUCCCUACGGCCCUGGCCCCGGCCCGGGGGGUGGAGGCAGCUUCAGCUUUGGGGGUGAUAGUCAGUCUGCCGCCCCACCUGCUCCACCCUUGGGCUCUGAGGAUUGUGACUUUGGCUUUGACUUCCUGGCCCUCGAUCUGACUACCCCUGCCACCAUCUGGUCCCCCUUUGAACGCACCAACCCCCUGCAGGCCUUCGGUGGCUGUCCUUCGGUCCCCGGCUGCCCCCAGCGGAGGAACAGCGGGCUGAGUGGUGCCGCCACCCCCCGCCACUCACCUACACUGCCUGAGCCAGGGGGCAUCACCCUCGAGCACCCGCUGGCCCGGCGCAUCCCCAGUGAGCCUGUCAGCGCCCUGUCCUGGCUCCCAGGGCCCCAGGGCUCUCUGUCGUCCUUCUCCAAUAGCACGGGCUAUUCGUCAUCUUCGUCAUCCUCCCUGCCGGGCAGCGUGUCAGCAGCCUCGGGCUCCCCUACAGACUCUAGUAGCUCUGAGGGUGCCCGCAAGGCCUCUCGGGACUGCAUGGUGUGCUACGAGAGCGAAGUCAUCGCAGCUCUAGUCCCCUGUGGCCACAACCUCUUCUGCAUGGAGUGUGCUGUCCGGAUCUGCGGGAAGGCUGAGCCUGAGUGCCCUGCCUGCCAUACCCCAGCCACCCAGGCCAUUCAUAUCUUUUCCUAGCUGCCCCCACCCUUCAGCUGUGGGGGGAGGGAGGGGGCCUACCAUAGGGGCCAGCAUAGACCAGAGGAGAAAGGGCAACCUCCCCGCCUCCCACUCUUCCUCCUCUUCCUCUCGUCCCUUCCUCUCACCCGAGCGCUCCCUUUGAAGAAGCCUUUUCUACUCCGACCCUUUUAUUUAAAAGCUGACUCCCAGAAGGGAGGAGGAGGAGGAGAAAGAGGAAGAGGAAGGAUGGGGAAAGGGGAGAGGAGAUGGAGGGGAGGGGGGUUGGGACUGGGAGGGAGGGAGAGCUGGUCAGGGGGGACAGGGGGAGGUAUGUGAACUGGGCUUGGGGGGGAGGAAGGGGGGAAUAGAAAACCACAGAGAAAAAACAAACCUCCAAUGUUUACAGAAUAGCUUUAACUCGGACCCCAGGUGUGGAAGCCGCCGGGACUAGGCAGACUGGCUGUCCUACAGUUAUUUCCAAAUAACAGUAUUCAGUUGAAAAGUUAAAAUAAACAGAGAGAAGAGGUCCAA